AUGUUCUGGUGUCCUAUGGUGGACGUACCCACCGUCAUCGACGAUUCAUAUAGAUGCGAAGAGAUUCGUGCCAGUCCUAAUCGCGGGUGGAGAAGGUACCGUCUUUAUGGUGAUGUGGAGCUAAAAAGUCAAUAGUUACGCAGCUGACCACAGCCCCGUUCACACAUAGCAGCUAUUGUGGUAACUUGUAGAAGGGGAAAGGUUGACGGCCGGAAGUGAUUUUCUGAACGCGGUAGUGGAGUACUCUAGAAGCUAACUGGUCAAUAUAUUACAGUUGGCUGAAAUCAGGGGAUAUAUGCUCGGUGGUAAUUCAUCGGGAAAGCUAGGCAUACACUGUCCCUCUUGCGAUUCAACUCCUUUUUAGAUUGGAAGAUUUGAAUCUAGUCAUGGAAAUUGAAGAGCUAGAGGAGGCGGAAGGGGAUCACACUGAUCCCGUCGUCGAUUGUGAGAUUGCCGCUACGGGCAAUAUUUGUGUAAUUAAACAAGCGAGGAGAAAAAUUGCAAGGGACGGGCCGAGUGCUCGAAUAGCUCCCAAUGAAGAGAGCGCAGUUGGACGUGCGCUUCGUCAAGCUGAGAGGCAUCCUGGUCAGCCAAUAUUCUACCCACAUGAAGGAACAGUAUUUAGUAGCUGUGAAGAGGCUAGAGAUUUUUUCAACUUGUACUCUUGGGAAAUCGGGUUUGGAGUUCGGUUUGGACGGAGUAACAAGAAUAAUAAGGGAUAUACUACUAGACAAGAUAUUGUAUGUUCAUGUGAGGGUUCUCCUCGGCAUGAUAAUUCUGCCUCAGUAAGGACUGGUUGCAAAGCAAUGGUAAGGUUGCUUAGAACAAGUGAUCACGGGUGGUAUAUUAGCAGAGUUGAUACAAAUCAUAAUCACAAGUUUUCAGAAGGAUAUGCAGAGAAGAAGCAAUGGCUGUCACACAGUAUGAUUGAUCCAACAACGAAGCAUUUUAUUAAGAAAUUAAGAGAUAACAAUAUCACGAUUGGCAGGGUGUGUAGCAUAUUAGGAGUGUGUAGCAGCAGCCCUAUGAAUCCAGUUAGGAAAGAAACAAUUAGGUCGCUUUGUGCUAAGGUAGCACGAGAGAACAUGGCUGAUGAUAUUGGCAAAACGCUGAAGCUGUUGACUGAAAUGAAGAGCAAAGACCCUCUAAUGGCUGUUAGGUUCAAGCUGGAUAAUGAAGGCACAAUUAUAUCCAUGCUCUGGUGUUCUGGGAAGAAUAUAAUUGAUUAUAAGAAUUUUGGUGAUGCGGUGACGUUUGAUACGACCUAUCGAACUAAUUUGUAUAGUUUGCCAUUUGGGAUUUUCAUAGGUGUGAACUCACAUUUUCAAUCAAUUAUAUUUGGUGGUGUCCUUUUGACAAGUGAGAAAGCCGAAGAUUUUCAAUGGGCAUUCGAAAACUUUGUGGUUAUAAUGGAAGGUUUAGCGCCGACGACAAUAUUGACUGGUUAGAGUACUAUACAUGUUUUCAUAGUUAAUCGAUUUUUGUGUUAAUCAUCUGGCAAUUUGAUUGAUAACAUUUUCUUCACUUUUGCGCGUGUAAAUUUGAUGUUAAGAAAGCAUAUGCAAUUUCAUCCUGUUGUUUUAUUAUAAAGUGUGAUAUUUAAUUUGAUUUAUGUGCAUGUCUAAAGUUUUCUAUAUCGUGUGUUUUAGAUCAAUGUGCGGCAAUGGCCAAGGCUAUCAGGGUUGUCAUGCCUGGGACACGUCAUCGAUGGUGCCGGUGGCAUGUGCUUAAGAGUUCUAAGAAGAGGCUAGGUAAAGUCCAUGGAAAACAUAAGAAGUUCAAAUCAGACUUUUAUAAUCUAAUCAGUAAUGAGUUGUCUGUGGAGAAGUUUGAAAAUUCGUGGAACAAACUUAUUGAAAAGUAUAGUCUUCGCAAGAACAAGUACAUGCGGCGGUUAUAUAGGUAUAGGGAAAAAUGGGCAAAACCGUACUUCAUGGGUGUAUUUUGUGCUGGAAUGACAAGUACGCAAAGGAGCGAAAGUGCAAAUCAUAUGCUCAAGCGGUAUAUACAAAAGGCAGCUCCUAUGCACUUGUUUGUUAGUAAGUUUAAUGAGUUUUUAUCUGACCGAACAGAGCAAGAGGCUCGUGAGCAGCACGUCACAAAAAUGGUUUCUAGGAAAAUGAGAGUAGGUGUUCCAAUUGAGGAGCAUGCAGAUCGUAUAUAUACUCGGGCCAUGUAUGAGAAAUUUUAUGAUGAGUUAUUUGAGGCUGGCAAGUUUCGUGUUUUGCGUGAGGAGGGAGCGCAAUGUUACACAGUUGAAAGAGCUAGAGUUAAUAGUGUUGAUGAGGAUGAAAGAUAUGUUGUAUAUGUCAAUGGAGAGGAGUCUAUUUCUUGUCAGUGCGGGUUCUUUGAGCACAUUGGCAUGCUUUGCCGGCAUGCUAUCAAGGUCCUUGUUUACCUGGAAAGGCAAGAGAUACCAAGAUGUAAUAUUAUGCGUAGAUGGACAAAGGAAGCUAUUGUACAUAAACUACAUGAAAUCGAGACUUCAGUAGGUUCAGAUGUAGAUGAAAUGAGGAAGAAGGCUCUGCUGCUGCAGACUCUGCAGGUAGUUCAUUCAAAUUCAGGUAUUGAUGAGCAAAUGUUCAGGAAUGCAAUGGAUGCAUUGAGGAUGAUGCCUGCGCUUCAAACAUCUGCUGGCACAAUUAUGCAAGAGGACAAGAGGACAGUAACUUUUGGUGAUUUGGAGACACCUGCUGCAUGCCCUCCUAGGACAAUGAAGGGUGGUCGUCCAGCUAGUACUGGACUCAAGGCAUGGUUGGGGAGGUCUCAGAAGAAAAGGAGUGCCGGGAGGCCUACUAGGGACGAUGAAACUCAGGACUGGCCAGAGGAAGAGAGGCCUGCUAGGAAGAAGACAAAGCGUGUGUCUGAUAUAUGACAAACUGAUUAUGUUAUUAGUUAUGAAUGUCUCUUGUUUAGCAUUUGUGUGUCUGUGUAAGCCAAACUGGUGGCAUAUUUGUGUGUAUGUGUAAGCCAAACUGAAGGCAUAUUUGUGUGUAUGUGUAAGCCAAACUGAUAGCAGAUUUGAGUGUCUGUGUAAGCCAAACUGAUAGCAGAUUUGUGUGUCUGAUGAACAAAAUUUCCUAUGUGUUCAACUCAAUAUAUGUUUCCUAUGUGUUGUGCCAAA